CUGGGUCCGGCCACGGCCCGAGGGGGCUCUGGGGACGUGGGCGGGGUCUCGGGCACGGGACGGAGAGGGUCCCGGGGGCCGGGCUGCGGGGUUCUGAGGGGUGGGCGGGUCCCGGGGCCGGGCUGCGGGGUUCUGAGGGGUGGGCGGGGUCCUGGCACCCGGGCUGCGGGGGUUCUGCUGAGGUGGGCGGGGUCCCGGCGCCUGGACUGAGGGGUCCUGGCAUGGUGGGUGUGGCCGUGGACCCUGGGGCCGAGGGAGUCCAGGGGUGGUGGGCGCAGCGUCUGAGGCGGUCCUGGCGUGGCGGGCCGGGUCCUGGGCACAGGGGUUGAGCCCGGUGGGCGUGCGCCUGGGACCGCAUACCCGGCCUCUGGAAGGUGGACAGGGUCUGGGGAGUGGGAGGGGCAUCCUGGGCCCUCGGUGGGCUGGGCCCAUGUUGUGGUGGGGAUUCCUGGCUGCUGCCCACCCCUCCUGCCUCCUGUCCUGGGAACAGCAGUCCAGCGCCCAGCACUGCCUCCCCCCCUCCUUCCCUCCCUCCCUCCCUCCCUGUGGUCCUGCAGCUCUGCCGGUCAGUGCGUGCGGGGCUGCAGCAGACGGGGGCUCCUGAGGCCCGGGCUGCUGCUUCUGCAGUGGUGGGCUGCUGUGAGAGACCGGGUACCCCAGUGAGCCUGAAGUGACCCGAAAGGGACAUGAAGCUCACUGCAGAGGGAGUGGGCGCAGAUGGCUAGGGGGGAGCACCCGGCCAUGGCCGAUUUUGCCUGCCUGUCUUGUCUGGCCACUAGGCUGUCCGUGGUGUGGCAAAGCUCUACUCGGCCCCGCAUGUUGGACUGACGGUUCCCACCCAGGGGUAGUGCUGGUGGCAGAGCACACGGUGAGGCCCUUGUCCGUGUCUGUCCAGAUUAUGCAGGACAAGCCCCUGGAGAAGCCGUUGAAGCUGGUCCUUAAGGUUGGGGGGAGUGAAGUGACCGAACUCUCGGGAUCCGGCCACGACUCCAGUUACUACGACGAUAGGUCAGACCAUGAGCGAGAGAGACACAAAGAGAAGAAGAAGAAAAAGAAGAAGAAGUCAGAGAAGGAGAAGCGACUUGAUGACGAAGAAAGAAGGAAGCGAAAGGAGGAAAAGAAGCGGAAGCGAGAGAAAGAACACUGUGACACAGAGGGGGAGGCUGACGACUUUGAUCCUGGGAAGAAGGUGGAGGUGGAGGCACCCCCUGAUCGGCCAGUGAGAGCCUGCCGGACACAGCCAG